AUGUCGCCAGAGAGACCUCUUCCCCUGGAAAGCCUAUUGCCAUUCAAGCAGACUCGCUCUCCCGAAACACGUGCUAUUCUUCAAGAGACUCAGUUUCAAGAGUCGAACAGCCACAGUCAAUCUCCAGACAGCCUGGAAGAAGAUGAAGCCUCAGGCAACGAAAAGCCCAAGCGGCAAAAACGGUCACGUGCAUGCAUUGCGUGUCGAAACAUGAAAAUCAGAUGUCUCCCGGUCGAAGGACAGGAGGCCUGUAAUGCAUGCUCCAAGGUCAAUCGAGAAUGUAUCAUGCCAGGUCCUCCGCGGAAACGACAGAAAACGGUCCACAAGGUCGCCGAGUUGGAGAAGAAAAUCAAUGCCUUGACCGACGCUUUGCUGGCCAAACAGCAGACGGCAGAUGGCAAUAAGCCCGACGAUGAAUCGCCUCCCAAAGACGUCCCUGCUCUGGGGAGCUCGGAACCAACCAAAACUGAUGACACAGGCAGUCCCAACCUAGACUCGUACCAGCAGAACUUUUUGGACAGACCAUUCCCUUCGACCGCCCAACCGGAAUUUCAGAGAGGCUGUAACCCGGUAAAUGUCGAAGCUAUUGCUAAGGACGACUACGUGGAUGUCAUUGAUCGUGGUGACUUGAGUAUGGAGAGCGCGGCGGCAAUGUUCAACCACUGGAGGAAGGAGAUGUGCGCUUCUUGCCCACAUGUCGUCUUCCCCCCCGACACAGACCCGAACGAACUUCGAAAGACCCGACCUAUAACGUUUCUAGCCAUUUUAGCACUGGCAAGCCCUAUUGUGCAGCCGUCGGCCCAGGCAGCACUUACCAUUGAAACCAAUAGGCAGAUUGCAGAACGGGUGCUCUUCCACGGUGAUAAGUCAUUGGACAUGGUCCAGGCCAUGCUGCUGAACUCUCAGUACUAUGUACGGCCGCGGACAGCGAGGGAUCUUGCUUUUAAUCAAAACAUCCAGUCCGCGAUCAUCAUGUCUCUAGAAUUAGGAAUAGGCAAGAGGUCAAAGCUGAAAAGGACUCCGGCCGAAGAACUUGAGCUGGCCCGUACGUGGCUAGCCUGCUAUCAGACCAACAUCAGCGUCACCACUAUCCUUCGUCUCCCGGCUCUAAUCAGGUUUAGCCCGCGCGUCGAAGAGUGCCUGGAGAUCCUCAAAACCAGCCCAUAUGCGGCCCCAACCGACAAAUGGCUGUGUGACAUGGCGCACCUGGCGCGUAUUGCGGAGGAAGUGGCAGCAGCUUUCAAUAUGGACGACCCAGGUGCCGAUCUGAACUUUACAGAGCCACGGGUGCAAUAUCAGUUGAAGUGUUUUCAGAGGCAAUUGCAACAGUGGGAGAAGAACGUCGAUCCUUCGGUGGACAAACGACUUGUUCAACACCAGGCAGCAUGUCUCAACUUGUAUAUCCACGAGAUCGCCGUCCACUACGACCACAAUGUCGAUGACUUCCGACCCGGAGUGGCUCCUUUAGAGCUGCGACGAGUGCCCGACUUUAUGACUUCUGCUCAUGUUGGAGCCUUCUCGACUCUCCUAGAGAGCAGUCACCGAGUGCUUGACACAUACCUCUCGCUCGAAGUCGAGUGUGCUCGAAAUCUGAACAAUCUCUACAUUGUCUGGAAUGCAUAUGCCGUUGUGGUGCUGAUCAAACUUCACUGGAUCUUCAGCUCAUCAGAUUCCAAACUUGGCGCGGAUAUUGUACCUGAUCUGAAGACCGGGUAUUAUUUGGAUGCUGUUCUCAGUCGACUGGGCGAAGUGUCCGCGGGCGGCACGAGUCCUUGCGCCGAGGCGUUUGGAUUUGUCUUCAUGAAGCUCAAAAUCUGGCAUAUGCAUCGAUCUGGCCAACUCUCUGAUGACGAACAAUGCCCAGAUGGCCAGACACGACAGCAGCGAGCAUCUAGCAUCCUGCGGCAAAAUCCCGCGGACAUCAUUUCCGCUGCUAAAAUGAUGCAGUGUCCUGGGCCUGGAAACGCCACCACCCUACCAGCGACGAGACCUUAUACCCCGGCUCUCCUUCCAGGGGGAGCUUGGUCGAGCGUGGACAAGUUCGGUGCUAAUUUGAAUGCCGCCUAUGACGCUGCCAGCUACGGAAACACCAACUGGGACCAGUUCAACUUCAGUACAGAAGAAUUGGACAUGUUUGAUAUAUACAUGAACAACAGCGGAUGGAUGGGGUAUCUGCUUUAG